GGCCCACACUGAACCCUAUCAACUACCGAAACCCACGUUCUCCAUCGCCCAGGUACUCUCCGUCGGCCAUACGGUACCGUAGCCGCCGGACUAGCCUAACCUUUUCAUCCCACUUCAAUUCUCCCAUUGGCGUCGCUCAGGUUAAUGUGAGCCAUGCUGACGGCCUUUUUUUGCCGGCGCACCUCAACUCCGUUGUGGACUCGCGUUCCUCUUGUCGGAGUCGCGGUCGUUUGAUCUCUCCUCGCCGUGUUUCUCUGUUAGCAAUCUCUCGCCGUGUUUGACCCAAUCAACUCCUCUGGUCUACUCUCUUCAAAAGUGCCACGUGUUCCUUGGCCACCUUAGCCAUUGUUUUAGUCUGGCCACCACAGACGUCACCUUAUUCUUAUAUUCGUUAUAUUUCAAAGGUGGAUUAACAGGCACAUCAAUGGCCGCAGCGCUCAUGUCUCCGACUCCUUUCUUUCGCCGCUUCCUCACUCAACGCUCCAAACCAACCAUUUCCUGCUGCUCCCAUUCCUUCAAGUUUAAAAGGCAGUACACGAGCGUGAUGAUAGUGCCUACAGGGAUUGGAGCUGCUAUUGGUGGUUACGCUGGAGAUGCUUUGCCCGUUGCUCGUGCUCUCUCCACCGUCGUUGAUUGUCUUAUCACUCAUCCAAAUGUUCUUAAUGCAGCAAUGCUAUACUGGCCCAUGACAAAUACAUUAUACGUUGAAGGUUAUGCGCUUGACCGCUUUGCAGAAGGGUUGUGGGCUUUACAACCUGUUCACCAAAAUAGAGUGGGAAUAGUUCUUGAUGCUGGAAUAGAGGAGGACCUUCGACUUCGCCAUUUACAAGUAGCUGAUGCUGCUAGGGCAUCACUUGGAUUACCCAUCAUAGAAUAUAUUGUCACUGACACUCCACUUGAGGUGGAGAAGUGGAUUGAUCCAGAAACUGGAAAAUCAACAGGGAGGAUUAGGCACCCUGAUUCUUUGAUUAGAGCUGUACGGAAUUUAGUGAAUAGGUCAAAAGUGAAUGCCAUUGCUGUUGUUGGGCGUUUUCCAGAUGAUGAUACUGAUGAUGUAGAUGACUAUCGGCUGGGAAUGGGAGUAGACCUUUUGGCAGGAGUUGAGGCAGUUAUAAGCCAUCUAGUGGUAAAGGAGUUCAAAAUUCCCUGUGCUCAUGCUCCUGCUAUGUCUCCACUUACCAUGAGUUUGUCUCUUAGUCCAAAAUCAGCAGCAGAGGAGAUUGGCUACACCUUCUUGCCAUGUGUACUUGCUGGCUUAAGUAAUGCUCCUCAAUACUUGGUUAACCCCUCUGAAUCUACGGAGAGGAAUUUCAUAUCUGUGAGCGAUGUCGAUUCUGUGAUCCUUCCCAGAGAUGCUUGUGGAGGUGAUGGAACUCUGGCUUUUGCAAGAAGUGAAAAAAAUAAGCCUCUGAUGAUUACAGUGGAAGAAAAUGAUACUGUUCUCAAUGAUACUGCAGAUAAACUUGGUUUUGAAACGCUGCAAGUCUCAAAUUAUUGGGAGGCCAUUGGAGUUGUUGCUUCUCACAAGGCAGGGAUCAAUCCCUUCUCGCUUAGACGAAACAAAAUUCCUAACAUUGGGUGUGCUUCUAUGCAUCUCAAUGGUCACUCCGUUUCAAGAGAAAGAGCUAUCUCUUAGGUUUUUUUUUUCCCUACUAUGUAAAUCACGAGCCAAGUCUAUAAAAAUUUAUGUUAUGUUGGUCUUAUUUUGAAUUUAUUUAUCGUGCUCUGCCAAAAAAAAUUUAUAAGUUUUUUUUCAAAUGAAUUUCAACAUAUACACGAACAAUCAAAACGUUAUGUCAUCUGAGUGCGAAAGGUCAUGACUGAGUUAGCUAAACAUGUUAUAUUGUCAAUGUCUAGUGUUAAAAAAUACAUAUUUGCAUAAAUGUUCUUACUUACAGUCUCUUUCAAGAGUCACCAUUGCACCAACCUUCAAGGAAGUUAGAAAUACUUGAUUUGGUGCAUUGUGAUGUUUGUGGCCCAAUGAAGACUGUUCUGUGCCAUGGUGCUGAAGUUUGAUUUUUUAAGCAAGUGCUGAAAUGAGUUAGCUAUGCGGGAAAUCCGACGCGUGGAGGCGUUGCUGCUGGAAGAGGAAACAGCAACUGAGUUGAAGCAGGGGUUGCAGUAAGUUGUCGGAUGGAGAAGGUGUAAUUAUGUUGCAGAAUGGCACAAUUAGUAUGUAGUAAUUUUUAAUUUUGGUUACAAUUGGGUUGGUCCUUUUGUUGGGGUUGCGCUUUUUUGGUAUAAAGAUGGGCUCUGAUGGAUAGAAGGAUUUUUAAGGUGGUAGAGGAGCAAGAGCAAGUCGAGCAGACGAGUAUUCGACAAUGAAUGACGACCUCGCGGGACACCUUCAUAAAUGCAAAUUUAUUUCCUUUUUCGACAUUUUACCUUCUAUGCACAAUUCAAAAUAACUAUAUCUCAUCUCUUA